GCGAGGCACUGAGGCCCCUGGAGCCCUGUGCGCCUGGGCGCGCGGGCCAGCUUGGAGAUGCACGCGCUCACUGGAUUCUCCCUGGUCAGCCUGCUCAGCUUCGGCUACCUGUCCUGGGACUGGGCCAAGCCAAGCCUCGUGGCUGACGGGCCCGGAGAGGCCGGCGAGCAGCCCUCGGCUGCUCCAGUCCAGCCUCCCCACAUAAUCUUCAUCCUCACCGACGACCAGGGCUAUCACGACGUGGGCUACCAUGGAUCAGAUAUCGAGACCCCUACACUGGACCGGCUGGCGGCCGAGGGUGUCAAGUUGGAGAAUUAUUAUAUCCAGCCCAUCUGCACACCUUCGCGGAGCCAACUCCUUACUGGCAGGUACCAGAUCCAUACAGGACUGCAGCACUCCAUCAUCCGCCCACGGCAGCCCAACUGCCUGCCUCUGGACCAGGUGACACUGCCCCAGAAGUUGCAGGAGGCAGGUUACUCCACCCACAUGGUGGGUAAGUGGCACCUGGGCUUCUACCGGAAAGAGUGCCUGCCCACCCGCCGGGGCUUCCACACCUUCCUGGGCUCGCUCACAGGUAAUGUGGACUACUACACGUAUGACAACUGUGAUGGCCCGGGAGUGUGUGGCUUUGACCUGCAUGAGGGUGAGAGUGUGGCCUGGGGGCUCAGUGGCCAGUACUCCACCAUGCUCUAUGCCCAGCGUGCCAGCCACAUCCUGGCAAGCCACAGCCCCCGGCGGCCCCUCUUCCUCUACGUGGCCUUCCAGGCGGUACACACGCCACUACAGUCACCUCGAGAGUACCUGUACCGUUAUCGCACCAUGGGGAAUGUGGCACGGAGGAAGUACGCAGCCAUGGUGACCUGCAUGGAUGAGGCUGUACGCAACAUCACCUGGGCUCUCAAGCGCUAUGGUUUCUACAACAACAGUGUCAUCAUCUUCUCCAGUGAUAAUGGUGGCCAGACUUUCUCAGGAGGCAGCAACUGGCCCCUCCGAGGACGCAAGGGUACUUACUGGGAAGGUGGGGUGCGGGGUCUGGGCUUUGUCCACAGUCCCCUGCUCAAGCGGAAGCGACGGACCAGCCGGGCACUGGUGCAUAUCACCGACUGGUACCCAACGCUGGUGGGCCUGGCAGGUGGCACUGCAUCUGCAGAUGAUGGGCUAGAUGGCUAUGAUGUGUGGCCGGCCAUCAGUGAGGGCCGGGCCUCGCCACGCACGGAGAUCCUGCACAACAUCGACCCACUCUACAACCAUGCCAGGCAUGGCUCCCUGGAGGGUGGCUUCGGCAUCUGGAACACUGCUGUGCAAGCUGCCAUCCGUGUGGGUGAGUGGAAGCUACUGACGGGAGACCCUGGCUAUGGUGACUGGAUCCCACCGCAGACACUGGCUGCCUUCCCUGGCAGCUGGUGGAACCUGGAGCGGAUGGCCAGUGUCCGGCAGGCUGUGUGGCUUUUCAACAUCAGUGCUGACCCUUAUGAACGGGAGGACCUGGCUGGCCAGCGGCCUGAUGUGGUCCGCACCCUGCUGGCCCGCCUGGCUGACUAUAACCGCACAGCCAUCCCUGUGCGCUACCCUGCUGAGAAUCCCCGGGCCCAUCCUGACUUCAAUGGGGGUGCUUGGGGGCCCUGGGCCAGUGAUGAGGAAGAAGAGGAGGAGGAGGAGGAAGCCAGGGCUCGAAGCUUCUCCAGGGGCCGUCGCAAGAAAAAAUGCAAGAUCUGCAAGCUUCGAUCUUUUUUCCGUAAACUCAACACCAGGCUGAUGUCCCACAGGAUCUGAUGGGUGGGGUGGCAGGGGUCUUGGUCCCCCU